GCAUACUCUGCGGCCGAUCGACGCAGAUAUCUUUGACCGGCUUGCCCACUUCUUUGCCCGUUGCCAACAUGGCCAAGGUCAGGACCAAGUGGCUGCGUGCGCUCUCCGAGAUGAUGGCGUCGUACGGCUUUAAGCUCAAGCGCAACGAGAACCACCUCGUGUGGCGCAACGACGAGAUGGGCAUCCAGAUCGCGACGUCGAGCAGCCCCAGCGACCUCAACGCGAUCCGCCAGAUCGAGCGAGACAUCCGCCGCAAGCUCGCGCUCGACCACCCGUGGUGCACCAAGCCGUGCAUGGCGCUGGCGGCGUAGGCGACGGCCUUGUGUCUUAUGUGUGCGUGUUGUGUGGGAUUGAUGACUGGCGUCAACAUGGCUGUGUUCUUCAUCC